GGUGCUUUCUUUGUCCUCCUUAUGAAGAAAUUUGUUAUGACUGCCUCUUGUCCACCAGACAAUGUAAUGGACAAAAUAUGACUCUAGAGUGUGAUGAGAACUACUGUAUCAAUGUAUCAUCAGUAAUCCAUGGAACAGCUAAACCAUGUGAUGGGAAUAUAAAAUGUAGUAAUGUAAAUGAGCAAAGGCUAAACUAUAUAUCAGAGACCUUUAACGGUCUGGAAAAAUGUUCAUUUCAAUCCACACCAACAGAAUAUUGUGAUUUUUUUGGGGUAGAUAACAAUUAUGAACAGGUGUUUUACGAAUGUGCACCUGACCCCAAACCUUCAACAAAACCUUCGACAACAACCCAUUUUGCAACAACCCUACAACAUACUAUACAUUCGUCAACAAUUUUACCAAACGAUAAGUCAACAACAGCAACAACAACACAGUCGACCCAAACUUCAUCAGAACCUGCCACAACACAACCGACUACUACAAAAUUCCAAUCCUCCGUCGGAAAUACAUCUGUUUCAACUGCAGGUAGCACCAUUGGAAGAACCGGGAAUUUGAAUACAACCAUUGCUGACCUGACAACAGAGACCCAUGAAUUAACAACUUACAGAGAGAGAAUACUUGAACACCAGGCACAUAUAACCACUAUUAUUGUGCCAUCUGUAGUUGGACUGCUGGUUCUGUUUAGUAUGAUUGCAUUUAUGGCAGUGUUUUUAGUCAGGAAGAAAAGAAAAGCAACAAAGAAGUACAAUAAGG